AUGAAGAAUCAAGGGAAUGGAUGGUCGUCGACCGGGCAGUCAUCGCCGGCUAAUCAGUCGUCGCUGUCGGAGGAGCAGGAGCACGGAGAGAACUCGGGCCAUGAAGUGAAUGAGACGGAGAUGGAAGCUGCAGGCCCUGCUGCGCCCCCACAUUACGCACACCAAUUGCUGGCGGCAACGAAGUCCAAGAAGGAGAUGGAAGCUGCAGGCUCGGCUGCGCCCCCACAUUACGCACACCAAUUGCCGGCGGCAACGAAGUCCAAGAAGGAGAUGGAAGCUGCAGGCUCGGCUACGCCCCUACAUUACGAUCACCAAUUGCCGACGAGUGAUGACCAUACGGCAACGAAGUCCAAGAAACGCAAACGCGGUAACUGGACUGAACAAGAACACAGGUUAUUUCUGGAGGGACUUGAAAAACACGGGGAGGGUAAUUGGGUGAACAUCUCAAGGGAAGUGGGCACAAGAACGGCAGUCCAAGUGUCCAGUCAUGCACAGAAGUUCUACGGUCAUCCGGAGGCCAAGAAGAUGAAUGAGAACAAGAACAGUGUCUUCGAUAACACCAUCGACGCCCACAGCCAUAGCUCUACGGAGAGUGAGGCUCCUGGUGGUAACAGCUGUAGUGGCAGCAGCCGCCCGCCGGCUGAUCAGCUGCCGCCACGUUCGCCUCCACCGUCACCCUCGCCGCCUUCCCUCCAAACCCUAAACCUAAGUCCCCGCUAA